CCCCAAUUUUCCCAUCCGAAUUUCAUUUCGUAUUAAUUCCUCUCUGUAACCACAGUUCUUUACAUUUUAAAACAGAACCGAUUAAUGGCUGCCGGAGACCGAUCUACUUCAACCGCCGUCGUUGAGAUCCGGUACAGAGGUGUUAGAAAGAGGCCAUGGGGCCGUUACGCAGCGGAAAUCCGCGACCCUCGCAAAAAAACUAGGGUCUGGCUUGGCACCUUCAACACGGCGGAGGAAGCUGCUCGUGCUUACGACACAGCGGCGCGUGAAUUCCGAGGCGCUAAUGCCAAAACCAACUUCCCAACUCCGAACGAAUAUCUCGUCGACGACAACAACAACAAGUUCCGUAGAUCCACUUGCAGUAGUCCCAGCGAGAGCAGCACCGUGGACUCCUCUUCUGCUCCAUCCCCGACGGAUGCUUCCCUCACUCGCUUCCUCGAUGGCAGCCACCCUCCGGCCAUUUCCCGUCCAAUCUUUUUCUUUGACGCGUUCGCUCAGGCGGAGAAGAUGAGCGACUUUCACCGGACUGUAACCGUCGCUGUUGCCGGCGGAUCGGCGAGCGACUCCGAUUCCUCAUCCGUAGUUGAUUUCGACGAUGAUUCGCAAAAAUCACGGCCGUUUGAUUUUGACCUGAAUCUUCCGGCGGUGGAAGUUGCCUGAGGAUCUAAUUUUUCAAAUUUAAUAUAUCCGUAAUCCAUUUUUAGGUUUGAUCAAAUGUUCUGCCCAAAAUGAGAUUGAAAAAAACUGCGUUGCUGUAUAGAUAACAGGAAUUCCUCCUUCCACUUUUAAUGGAGAAAUUUGGAUAAUUUUAUUUAUUUAUUUAUUUA